AUGGGUGUCGGUCGUGUUAUCUGUGUGGCUCUGCCAUUUAUCCUCACCGUCGGCUCUCUCAUCUUCUUGAUGGUGGCCGCUCUGGGUGGUGUUUCCAACAAGGACCUUUACUUGUUCCGCGUCAACCUCACCGAUCUCGAGAUCAACCCCGUUUCACUAUCAAGCGUAGUAAGCCGCGAUGUGAACGCUCGCGCUCUGCUCAGCGGCGGCUCCGCCCCCGGCCUCUCCAAGGCCCAGACCGACAGUUCUGGCACCCAGACCAGCAACGUCACCGCCGCUGACCUCGGCCUCGACAACCUCUACGACAUCGCUCUCUGGGGCUACUGCACCACCGACACCAACGGCGACAAGACCUGCACCAAGGCCAAGUUCAACUGGGCCGAGGAGUACCUGAACACGACCACUCUGACCACCAUUGGCUCCGUCACCGGCAAGAAGGUCGAGCUUCCCGAUGAGAUCACCAGCGCUCUCUCCGCCUUCAAGACCGUCAGCAAGUGGACCCAGGUCGCCUACAUCAUCUCCUUCAUUGCCCUCGGGCUCGAGAUCGUCUUCGGCAUCUUCGCCAACUGCACCCGCGCCAUGUCCUGCAUCACCUUCCUGAUCGCCUCUCUCGCUUCCGUCGCUGUCUGCGCCUCUGCUGCUCUCUCUACCGCCACCGCCGUCGUUGUUGUCGGUGCUGUCGAGGCUUCCGCUAAGUGGUACGGUGUCUCCUCCUCCUUCAACAACAGCUUCCUCGCUCUCAUCUGGAUCUCCGCCGCCCUCGCUCUCGGUGCCGGCUUCUUCUGGAUGUUCACCAUCUGCUGCUGCGCUCCCAACCACACCCGCAAGGAGCGCAAGCGCCAGAGCGACGGCGAGAAGCUCCUGCCCACUGGCAACACCAACGCCUACCAGCCCAUCCACGAGGAGAACGGCUACUACAAGCAGCAGCAGGCCACCCAGUACGGUGCUCCCCGCUACGCCAGCGGUGCCCGUGGUGACAUGGCCUACGAGCCUUACUCCCACCGUUCUUAA